AUGAAAGUUUCCUCAUAUGAUUGGACUCUAGUUACUCUCAGGAGUUGUAAGGAUUCGAUCAACUCCCGCCACCUCGAUACUCUAGACCUCACAGUCACAGAUGUUCUUCCCAACUUCCGAGACAUCUCACUGGUUGGUAAACUAAGGCCUCAUGAAAGCCACUACGAGAAAUCGCCCUUGAUCAAGCGUAAGAAGAAUAGAUUGGAGGAUUUGAAGACCGGGGUACGUGCCUGUGAAGAUCAGAGACUGACUCAUAGUGAUUUGUUAACACAUUUUGGCAAAAGUAUAUCUAGACUGUGCAAAGACGAAGAAGAGCAAAAUCCUGCGCCUUUUUUUUAUUGCUGGUUUGACAGUUAUGAUAAUGAAGAGAACUCUGUGACAUAUGAGAAUCAAGUUCUCAAGUGGCAAACAAAGGCUAAGAACCCUUUCAAAAAUGAAGGUACACGGGUUCCUAGGAAAUGGAUUAGACAGUCUAAUGAUCCUACUCAAGUAAAGACGGAGGAAAGGAGGGUACUUGGACCUGUCCGUAACCAGGGAAAGAAUCGAUUUGUUCGUCACGAGGGACAUCACCAUAUAUGCUGGAUCUAUGUGGUCGUGGACCUCAUCAGCUCUAUUAGAGUGAUUCAAGAGAUUGAUACUGAUUUUACAACUCUUAGUGUGAAAGAGAUCUGCUGUCAUGCAGAUCCAGUCACGCGGGACUGA